UUUGAUAUUAAUCGUGGCCGUUCAUUUCCUUUUAAAAGUUAGACGAUGCUUUAAGGGUCUCUGGAAAUGAUAGGAGGUAGUAUCUCUAUGGCUGCCGACUGACGAGCGACGAGAGCUCUGCUACUGCAAUUACAUUAUUUUGCUAUUUGUGUUGGAGUGUUUGAUUAGAAGAGGAAGGAAGAAUAUGUCUCAUCGCAAGUUUGAGCACCCAAGGCAUGGCUCUCUAGGGUUUCUUCCAAGAAAAAGAGCCUCGCGUCAUAGAGGAAAAGUGAAGUCUUUCCCUAGGGAUGAUCCAACAAAGCCUUGCAAAUUCACAGCUUUUCUGGGAUACAAAGCUGGGAUGACUCAUAUUGUCAGAGAUGUUGAUAAACCAGGAUCAAAGCUCCACAAGAAGGAAACAUGUGAAGCAGUAACAGUGAUAGAAACACCCCCAAUGAUUGUCGUUGGAGUUGUUGGUUAUGUUAAGACACCAAGAGGCCUUCGUUCUCUGAACACCGUUUGGGCUCAGCAUCUUAACGAGGAGGUGAAGAGACGAUUCUACAAAAACUGGUGCAAGUCAAAGAAGAAAGCAUUUACCAAGUACUCAAAGAAGUAUGAAACUGAAGAUGGGAAGAAAGAUAUCCAGGCUCAGUUGGAGAAAAUGAAGAAAUACUGUUCUGUCAUUCGUGUUUUAGCUCAUACCCAGAUUAGGAAAAUGAAGGGGCUAAAGCAAAAGAAGGCUCACCUAAUGGAGAUCCAGGUGAAUGGUGGGGAUGCUGCCCAAAAGGUUGAUUUUGGAUACAGCUUUUUUGAGAAGCAGAUCCCUAUUGAUGCUGUAUUCCAAAAGGAUGAGAUGAUUGAUAUCAUUGGAGUGACCAAAGGAAAAGGAUAUGAGGGUGUUGUGACUCGAUGGGGUGUUACUCGCCUCCCCCGUAAGACGCAUCGAGGCCUACGUAAAGUGGCUUGUAUUGGUGCUUGGCAUCCAGCUAGGGUCUCAUUCACUGUUGCCAGGGCUGGGCAAAAUGGAUACCAUCAUCGUACAGAGAUGAACAAGAAGAUUUACAAGCUUGGUAAGGUUGGGGAAGAGACACACACUUCCAUUACUGAGUUUGACAGGACUGAGAAGGACAUAACCCCAAUGGGAGGCUUCCCCCAUUAUGGUAUUGUGAAAGAUGAUUACUUGCUGCUAAAGGGGUGCUGUGUGGGCCCAAAGAAGCGUGUUGUGACACUCAGACAGUCCCUCGUGAAGCAAACCUCCAGGGUUGCCAUGGAGGAGAUUAAGUUGAAGUUCAUUGAUACUUCAUCCAAGUUUGGCCAUGGUCGAUUCCAGACCACAGAGGAGAAGGCAAAAUUCUAUGGUCGUCUCAAGGCUUAAAAAUUGCACUGCGAGAGUUUUUUUUUCUUGAGAAGUCUCAGAAGUUUUUCUUUUCAAGUUUCAGUUCAGCUCAGCUCAGCUCUUAUACUGUUCUUGCACAACUUUUGGCAGUUACUUUGCUCCGAAAUUCCCGUACUUUGGGCAAUGGCUUCCUUGGCCAAAUUUAAAUAGUACAUUUUUCUUCUCUUGGCUAUCAAA